GUGCGUCGCGCUUUGCCGUCCGGCUGGAAACGUACCUUCUGUCCUUCCGCCUGUGGCGAUGAAGGAUCCCUCGAUCACGGGGCCGGCGGGCGAGAAGCGGCCCUUAGGACAGCGGCUGCGGAACGGCCGCGUAGCUUUGUGGUUCAAGAGCCUCCUUCAUGACUACACUGAGGCCUGCAGAGAGGUGGUCCAAGGCAUCCGGAACCGUCCAGUGCGCGCUGGGCUCUACGCCUCGCUUCUGGCCGGAGCUGUAAGCUGCAGCCUCCGUAGCCCCUGCGACAGCUCCUUUGAGUCCAGCCUGCUGGAGGCCUCAGGCGUCCUUCUGCUCCUCUCGCCCUGGACCCGCAGCACCACCUCAGAAAGCCAUGUCCAGCGGCUGCUGAAGCUGAGGAACCAGGGCCAGCUACGCUAUCAGAACCUGCUCUUUUUCUCCCUCAUGUACGAGGUCCCUUUUGACGAAGGCGCAGACCUCUACCAGGUGCAUUGCAAGUAUCUGGAGCCCCGCUGGGUUGAGUUUCCGAGCCACAUCCUUGAUGUGGGCUUCUGGGGGCGCUGGUGGGUUUUGCAUUCCAAAAUGCAGGAUUCGGACAUCAAUGAGGGGGAAUUUCAGCAUCUGCCAGAGCAUCUCCGGACAAUUUCUUUCCAUAACUUACACUCAGAAGCCAAUGAGAAACUUUUUGAUGAGAAGUACAAGCCUGUUGUUCUGACAGAGGAGCAAACUCAAUAAUCUGAAAGAAAGAAUUGGGAACAGCUGCCUUAUUAGUGUUGUCUGUGGAUAUAGUUUUACUAUCUCCAUAAAGGGCUGCUAUGAAUUGCCAGUUUUCUUCUAGAAACCUGAUGCUCAUUCUGCUGUUCUUAUAGACAUACUUAGAUGUGGGCAAAUAAAUACUAUCUUAAAAAUUGA